CUUCUGCCCGCCCGCCCGCGCCAUCUUGAACGCGAGCCGGGGGCAGCGGCAUCCCCUCCCUCCCCAAGAUGGCGCCGGCCGGGUGAGUGACAUGUCCAGUCACGUGGGCAGCGGAUGAGCCCCUCUCUCCCCCCCGCCUUAAACGAUCUCUAUGGUUCGGCCGGACACACAGGCGGCGGCGGUCGGCGGCGAGGGACGGAGCCGCGGCGGGAGCGGGGCCGCCCGGCGCCCCUUUGUCUGCGGCCUCGGCAAGGCGAGCGCUUUCCCUUCCCCGAUCGCGAGGACUGCGCCCCGGCGCCCUCGAGGGUUCGGCUUCCUUCUUCCCGCCGGCACCGCGGCCCGGGAGAGGCGGCGGGCGCUUCCCGCUGAGGGCGCCGGCGCGGAGGUCCCUCCCGGCCCUGCGGGCGGCGGCGCGGCGGAGCUGCGAGAGCGGGGCCGGGCAGCGCCCCCACCCCGCGCUCCCCGGGGGGCGGCGGGGGUCAGCGCCGGGACGGGGCCGCGGCUCCGCGCGGGGAGGGUCGGGCGGGCUGGGGGUGGUUGUCUGCCGUGCCCGCUGCCCCCCGCUUCUCUCCUUUCCUUCCUCCCUCUCUUCUUUCCCUCCCCAUCUGUUAUAGGUGUGCGGAGCGGUGGCACUUUGAAAUUAAACGUGCCCUCUGCUGCACCAGCUGGGGUCUGUGAUGUAUCUGAUAAAUGGAGCUCUGCCCGUCGGCUUCAGGUCAUGCAAGGAAAAGGGCAGCGCUGGGGAGGGAGCUGGGCGGGGUUUCCCUCCGCUUUUCAGUCAGACGAGAGGAGUCUGGUUGAUGUCUGCAGCAGAUAAAGGAGACGAGGAUCAUCAAAAGACCCCAGAGCCCUUUUAUCUUCCUGCUGUUUUUCCCUGUAACUUCGUUUAUCGGUGACGCGGUGUCUGCCUGCUCGUUCCCCCCAGCAGGGGCCGGGUGCGCCAGGCCUGGCUGAGGUAGUAGUUUGUGCUGUUGGUCGGGUUGUGACAUUGCCCGCUGUGGAGAUAACUGCGCAAGCUACUGCCUUGCUAGUGCUGGUGAUGAUCAGCUGCAGACGAAGACAAUGACAAUGGGAAUCCCCUUUGUUUUCCCGGGAUUGGACGCUGCUGAGGUGGCAGCGGUUCUUUUCCUCUCUUCCUCUCUUCUCCUCUCCUCCUGCCCAGCCGUGGCCGCUGGGACGUGCGGGGUCUGACCCUGUCAGCGGGAUGCUGCUGCUUUUGCAGCCCGGGUGAGAAACCAUUAGUUUCACGCUGCUUGGAGGGCACUUUAAUUUGAUCUGAAGAGCAAGUGUCUGCGUUUUUUCCAGUGCUUACACCUUCUUAUUCACAUGGCACCGCUGGAAGGUGGAUUUUCUAUUUCUUGAAGACCGAGUGAUGACUAACUUGUAUUUUCUGUGUUCUGAGUAUGCAAAACUUGUACGUGUGAUCUUAAAUGCUCUGAUUUGAACAGUAAAAGAUCUGAAUAUCUACCAGGAGUGAAGUAUGUGAAUUGCUGCUUUCCUUACAGUGAGAAGAUUGUUUCACAGUGUAGUUUACUAUCAUUGUACGGCUUGGUGCCAGCAGUGUUUUUUUAGGUGAACUUCUGAGAUUUUUAUUUCUGUAUUGUGAUAUAUUCUUUGUGAAAAAGAAACCGUGAGUCUUCUCUUGUGAAUUAAUUGAAAUUGCUGGUAUGUUCAUAGCGUUGGCUGAGGGUAUCGUUUUGAUUGAAAUUCAGCGUGUUGACCGAGCGCUUAUUGCCAUGGCUUAAACUUGAAAUACAUUAAAGCAUUUACAAUAAAUGUGCA